AAAGCAAAACACUUCCCCAAAAUUACUCAGAACAGUUUCUACGAGUUUCGUUUCGGGUUUGGUUGAAACAUGGGAGCUUGUUUGGCUUUGUGCUCCAUCGCCAACUGCGCAUCAUGUCUGUGCAGUUCGGCCCCAUGUCUGCUGUCGGCGUGCUGCCCGGCGGCCUACAACUCCACCGUGUCCCGCCUGGUCUUCUCCUUCUUCCUGCUUUUGGGCACCAUGGUGUCGGUCAUCAUGAUCCUACCGGGCAUGGAGAGCCAACUCAAAAAGAUUCCCGGUUUCUGUGUGGGCGGUUCUUACAUCCCAGGCAUUGAGAACAAGGUGAACUGUGACGUGAUCGUGGGCUACAAGUCGGUGUACCGCAUGUGUUUCGCCAUGACGUGCUUCUUCUUCCUCUUCUCCGUCAUCAUGAUCCGUGUGCGCAGCAGCAAGGACCCCAGGGCGGCCAUCCAGAACGGAUUUUGGUUCUUCAAGUUCCUGAUACUGGUCGGGCUGACUGUAGGGGCGUUCUUCAUUCCCGAUGGAGCCUUCACUACUGUGUGGUACUACUUUGGUGUAGUGGGCUCCUUCAUCUUCAUCCUGAUCCAGCUCAUCCUGCUGGUGGACUUUGCCCACUCCUGGAACGAGCGAUGGGUGAGGAACGCUGAGGACGGCAGCAAGGGCUGGUAUGCAGCUCUGCUCACCUUCACGUUGCUGUUCUACGCUGCUGUGUUCACGGCUGUGGUUCUGUUCUACGUCUACUACACCCAGCCCGACGACUGUGCAGCACACAAGACCUUCAUCAGCCUCAACCUCAUCUUCAGCGUCAUCGUCUCCAUCGUGGCCAUCUUGCCCAAAGUGCAGGAGGCUCAGCCCAGCUCUGGCCUGCUGCAGGCCUCCAUGAUCUCUCUGUACACCAUGUAUCUCACCUGGUCUGCCAUGACCAACAACCCCAACCGUAACUGCAACCCCAGUCUCCUGAGUAUCGUGACCAACACCCCCGACACCCCCAGUCCGACUCCUGCCCCGGGGCAGACUCAGUGGUGGGAUGCCCAAAGCAUUGUGGGCCUGGUGCUCUUCCUCCUCUGCACUCUGUAUGCCAGUAUCCGGUCGUCGAGCAACAACCAGGUGAACAAGCUGAUGCAGACGGAGGAGACGCAGGGCCUGGCGGCGUCGGACGCGGAGGCCACGGGCGAGGACGGCGUGCGGAGAGCCGUGGACAACGAGGAGGAGGGCGUCACCUACAGCUACUCCUUCUUCCACUUCAGCCUCUGCCUGGCCUCGCUCUACAUCAUGAUGACCCUCACCAACUGGUACCAGCCUGACACAGACUAUGAUGCCAUGCAGAGCACCAUGCCAGCCGUGUGGGUGAAGAUCAGCUCCAGUUGGCUUGGCCUGGGCAUCUACCUCUGGACCCUCAUCGCCCCUCUGGUGCUCAGCGACCGAGACUUCAGCUAAGAAGUGUGGAAAACACACAGGUGUGUCCAUUUGAAAGGGUAGAGGAUUUUUAAUUGUUUUGAAUUAUGUCCUGGUCUGAUGUCAAACAAUUCAGCUCCAACUCCAAAUAUGUCAAAGCCAUGGAGAUGUAUUGGCCAAACAAAGAAGAUGUGUGUACACGUGGAGGGAUUUUAUUCUGUUGAAACCAAAACCAGUAAUCUGCCAUAUCAAAAGCACCAAAGCCAGAUAUCUGUCACCUGUGCCACCUCAACACCACCUUUGCUCUCACCAGUCAUGACCUCAGUUUAACGCCAACUGUGCCUCAAACUAGAACCAAUGACCAUUGGAGGUUUUCUAUGGAAGAGGAUGGGUGCCUGGAAGGUUUUUCAGUUGUUUUCAUUCAAACUAGUUUGACUGUAAACUAUUCACCUUCAACUCCAAAUACAACUUGCCAUCGAAUCAGAACCAAAGCUAGAUAUCUAAUAUCAGUCUUCAGUUAUUUGGUGGAUAGUUAUCAGGUAAAAGAAACCUAAAUGGAUGUUAUGUAUGCUGUUAUGUUUUCUUUUGUACAAAUUGAAAUUAAAUCACAUGGUAGUUUGAGUCUUUGUAAAAAAAAAAAAUCUAUGCAGUAAAAGACAUUUGGGGAGAUUGGGGAGCCAAAGCCAUUAGGGAUGUGAUUGGUUUAAUUUGGGUGAAAUUGUUAUACUUUCACUACUUAAAUCAAAGCUGCCUUCUUUUCAUUAAAUAUCGUCACAUUUUGCACUAUAAAUCGAUUUAUAAUGUUCGUACCAGAUAGUUACUCAUUUGUAGCGUUUUGCUUGUAUAUUUCUGAUUCCUUGUUGAGAAAAUGCAUAAUGUAUCCCAGGUCCAGUAGAUCUAUUGCUUGUUUAGAUCACAAGGCCACUUGUAUGUUACAUGUUACAUAUCCGAUAUGCUACAUUAAUAGGCAAAUACUCACUUGUUCACUUCGGCUCAGGUUGUGUUGUUGCAUAAUCUUCUGACACAGCGUGUGUCUCAGCUGUUUGAUGAAACACUGAAAAAGUGUAAACAUUAAAGAAGCGGGCUACUCUGCAAACCAGAAACAAUUAUGAAGUAUUCACAGCAGCUCAAACUCCUAGCAAUUAUGAUCACUGAAAAGUGCUGGUUAUUUUAUACUUUUGUACCAUUUUAUCCAAAUAUCACUGGCUUUUUGUUUUAAAGCUUAAUAAAAAAAAAUUUUGUAAACAA